GAGCUUGAACACAAAAUCAUCUCUCUGAUGAAGAAAGAGCUCAAGAUCUUCAAGAAACUACUGAGCUCAGAUUACCCAGCAUGCUCUGAGAGAGAGGAGGAGGUGGAUGAAGAUCAGAUCAGAGUCAGAGAGGAGCUUCUGAAAAUCACACUGCACGUCCUGAAGAAGAUGAACCAGACAAACCUCGCUGAUAAACUACAGACCAAACUUGCACCUUUGUGUGUGAAAAAACACAAAUCCAGACUAAAGGAGAAAUUUCAGAGAAUAAAUGAAGGAAUAUCAAUUCAAGGAAACUCAAGACUUGUGAAUGAGAUCUACACAGAGCUGUACAUCACAGAGGGAGGGAGUGAAGAACUCAAUAAUGAACAUGAGGUGAGACAGAUUGAGACAAUAUCCAGAAGAUCAAAGACACAAGAAACACCAAUCAAAUGUAAUGACAUCUUUAAAGCUUUACCUGGACAAGACAAACACAUCAGAACUGUGCUGACUAAAGGAGUUGCUGGAAUUGGAAAAACCGUCUCUGUACUAAAGUUCAUUCUGGACUGGAGUGAAGGAAAAGCAAAUCAGGAUCUUCACUUCAUAUUUCCACUUCCAUUCAGAGAACUGAAUCUUAUGAAGAACACAAAUAUCAGUCUGAUGGAUCUUCUUCAUCAGUUCUUCAUAGAUACAAAAGAACUGAGAUCAAGAGACUUUGAUGUCUAUAAAGUUGUGUUUAUCUUUGAUGGUCUGGAUGAGUGUCAACUUCCUCUAGAUUUCUCAAACAAUCAGAGUCUGUUUGAUGUAAGAGAAGACGCUUCACUGGAUGUGCUGUUGACAAACCUCAUCAAGGGGAAUCUGCUUCCUUCUGCUCUAAUCUGGAUAACAUCACGACCAGUGGCAGCCAAUCAGAUUCCUCCUGACUGUGUCCACCAGAUCACAGAUGUACGAGGAUUCAAUGAUCCUCAGAAGGACGAGUAUUUCAUUAAGAGAAUAAAUGAUGAGAGUUUGUCCAACAGAAUCAUCAGACACAUCAAAUCAUCCAGGAGUUUGUACAUCAUGUGUCAUAUCCCAGUCUUCUGUUGGAUUACAGCCACUGUUCUAGAGAGAAUGUUGAGUGAAUCAGAGAGUCAAGCAGAGAUCCCCAAGACUCUCACUCAAAUGUUCACACACUUCCUGAUCUUUCAGACCAAACUGAAGAGUCAGAAGUAUGAUGGGAAAUGUGAGGUAGAUCUUCAACAGGUUAGAAAGAGUCUUCUGUCAUUGGGAAAACUGGCUUUUCAACAGCUGGAGAAAGGGAAUCUGAUCUUCUAUGAGGAGGAUCUGAGAGAUUGUGACAUUGAUGUCAGAGACGCUUCAGUGUACUCAGGAGUUUGUACUCAGAUCUUCAGAGAGGAGUUUGGACUGAACCUGGUGAAGGUCUACAGCUUUGUGCAUCUGAGCAUUCAGGAGUUUCUCGCUGCUUUAUUUUUCUUUCUUUCAUUUUCUCAACAAACAUCAGGAUCGACUAUGAGUGAUUUACUGAAGAGUGAAGUGGACAAAGCCUUACAGAGUGAGAACGGACACCUGGACCUUUACCUCCGAUUCCUUCUGGGUCUCUCACUGGGGUCCAAUCAGAUGAUCUUAGGAGAACUACUGACACAGACAGGAAGAAGAUCUGACAGCAGACAGGAAAUAGUUGAGUACAUUAAGAUGAGGAUCAGAGAGAAUCAAUCUCCAGAGAAAUCCAUCAAUCUGUUUUACUGUCUGAAUGAACUGAAUGAUCAAUCUCUAGUGAACGAGAUACAAACAUAUUUAAACAGAAAAGAUUACAGUCGUCUCUCUGGAGUAAGUCUCUCUCCAUCUCAGUGGUCGGCUGUGGUGUUUGUGUUACUGAACUCAGAUCAGAAGCUGGAUGAGUUUUUACUGGAGAAAUAUGAUCGAUCAGAUGAAUGUCUUCAGAGGCUGCUGCCAGUGAUCAAAGCAUCCAGAAAAGCUGAUCUGAAGAAGUGUAAUCUGACAGAGAAAAGUUGUUCAUCAUUGAGUUCAGUUCUCAGCUCAAACUCCUCAAGUCUGACAGAACUGAACCUGAGUCGCAAUGAACUGCAGGAUUCAGGAGUGAAGCUUCUCUCUGAUGGACUGAAGAAUACAAACUGUAAACUCAAGAUAUUACAUCUGAGUCUCUGUAUUCUGACAGAGAAAAGUUGUUCAUCAUUGAGUUCAGUUCUCAUCUCAAACCCCUCAAGUCUGACAGAACUGAACCUGAGUGAAAAUAAACUACAGGAUUCAGGAGUGAAGCUUCUCUCUGAUGCAUUGAAGAAUACAAACUGUAAACUCAAGAUAUUACAUCUGAGUUGGUGUAAACUGACAGAAAAAAGUUGUUCAUCUUUGAGUUCAGUUCUCAGCUCAAACUCCUCAAGUCUGAGAGAACUAAACCUGAGUUACAAUAUACUGCAGGAUUCAGGAGUGAAGCUUCUCUCUGACGGACUGAAGAAUACAAACUGUAAACUCAAGAUAUUAAAUCUAAUGAACUGUAAUCUGACAGAGAAAAGUUGUUCAUCAUUGAGUUCAGUUCUCAUCUCAAACUCCUCAAGUCUGACAGAACUGAACCUGAGUGAAAAUAAACUGCAGGAUUCAGGAGUGAAGCUUCUCUCUGAUUCACUGAAUAAUACAAACUGUAAACUGAAGAUAUUACAACUGAUGAGCUGUAAUCUGACAGAGAAAAGUUGUUCAUCAUUGAGUUCAGUUCUCAUCUUAAACUCCUCAAGUCUGACAGAACUGAACCUGAGUGAAAAUGAACUGCAGGAUUCAGGAGUGAAGCUUCUCUCUGAUGGACUGAAGAAUACAAACUGUAAACUCAAGAUAUUACAUCUGUGGCGCUGUAAUCUGACAGAGAAAAGUUGUUCAUCAUUGAGUUCAGUUCUCAUCUCAAACUUCUCAAGUCUGACAGAACUGAACCUGAGUGGAAAUGACUUGCAGGAUUCAGGAGUGAAGCUUCUCUCUGAUGGACUGAAGAAUACAAACUGUAAACUCAAGAUAUUACAUCUGUGGCGCUGUAAUCUGACAGAGAAAAGUUGUUCAUCAUUGAGUUCAGUUCUCAUCUCAAAAUCCUCAAGUCUGACAGAAUUGAACCUGAGUCACAAUGAACUGCAGGAUUCAGGAGUGAAGCUUCUCUCUGAUGGACUGAAGAAUACAAACUGUAAACUCAAGAUAUUAAAUCUGGAGUACUGCAGUAUUGGAGAUGAAGGUUUUGUUGCAUUGGCUUCAGCUCUGAAAUCAAACCCAUCACACAUGACUGAACUCAAUCUAACCUAUAAUAAUCCAGGAGAUUCAGGAGUGAAGCUGAUCUCUGAUCUACUGAAGGAUCCACACUGUAAACUACACAAACUACAUAUUGAGCCUCGACUCUAACACUCAUCUACAAGAGCUACAGAUGACAAAUCAAGCAACAGACUUCAGUCAUAAAGUAGAAGAUCUUCUUACUGCCUCCUACUGGACAAACAGCAGUAGUGAGACAUAAGAGCUCAACAUGAGAGACGUCUGUUAAACGCACAAACAUCACAUUCAUAAUCCAGCAGAAGAGACAAAUCAAGUUCAAUGAUGUUUGUGUUUGUGUUGUGACAGUCAGAUGAUGUUAGUGGAUGUUUCUCUCUCUCAGUUAUAUAACACUUCAUUCAUCUGGACUUUAUUACAGCACUGAUGAGAAACUUACCAAUGAGAUAUAAGCUUUAGGUCAUUUUUUGUGGGCCAACCCACUGUGGUCUAGCCCAUAUCUGAGCCUGCAUGAUUUUGCCAUUAAUUAAAAUCAGUAUUAUUGGUUGUUGCUAUCUUAGAGGAUAAUUUCCUUUUUAUGUUUAUAGAAUCAAGAACAUGAUUAUACAUUGUGAUAAAUGCCAUUUCAGUGACUCAUGUAGCCUCUAACCUACCUGAAUAUAUUCAGAUUGGGCUAAAUAAAAUAAAUAAUAAAGUUAAUAUGAUUAGCCAGUUAACAAAUUCAACUGUCCCGUGUUCUGGGAUUACACCAACGACUGGAAAUCUGGAUGUUUUUUUUAAACCUGUUUCAGUAGAUCAAAUUUGUAAAGCAUUGAAAGCCAUUAAGAAAAAAGGAUUUGUGGGCCCAGAUAACUUAGACCAGUGGUUCUCAAACUUUUUACAACAAGUACCACCCCAGAAAAUAUUUGGCUCUCAAAGUAUCGCCAUAAUGACCAAUGGUAAAAUCCAGAAGUGUAAAAGGCCUAACUAUUCAGAGCUAUUUGAAACAAAGUAAGAUUGUAUGUGCUUGUGUGUUCGUCUUGAUGCGCAGCGUGUACUGUUGAUGACAAAGUACUGCGAGAGCAGAGUAGCCUGACCCCUCGUUCAGACAGCCAGCGACGUUAUCGCUGUGUGUCGCUUGUCUCUUUCAAUGAGGCGUUUCUAAAUCUGCUUGUCAUAAACAAAUGAGUACCAUCCACGCCAGUAACUGACGAGAGAAGGGUGACGUGAACUCCACUGCUUUGUUCUCAUUGGUAGUUGCUCCCGAAAGUCGCUCGACAUUUGCAUAAAGUUAAACUUUUCUUAACUUUCUCGCGUCGUUGGACACGGCCAUACGGUCGCCAACGGUCACUGUCGCUCGUGUCGCCGGAAGUCGCCAGGUUUCCAUUGAAAUGAAUGAGAUCGCGUCGCUCUGCUACUGCUUGUCGUUGGCUGUCUGAAUG